CGCUUCACGGCUUCCGGCACACGUCGUACGCGGAUGUGAGCGCAGCAGGGCUUCGAUGACUGAGUAGAGUGGAUUUCCCCGAGAUCUGCUUCACCUGCGCGUCUCUGCCCUGAUCAGGAGCCUUUGUCCCCCGCGAGAGAAGAGCGAUGGGCUUCCGAAAGAAGAGCAAGAGUCCGCCCGUGCUGAGCCACGAGUUUGUGAUCCAGAAUCACGCGGAUAUGGUGUCGUGUGUGGCCAUGAUCGUCCUGCUGGGGCUCAUGUUUGAGGUGACAGCAAAAUUUGCAAUUAUGUUCAUCACAGUCCAGUAUAAUGUCACACAAAGCCUGGAUACAGAUGCAGAGGACAAGCCUGAGUCUGUCAACUACUACAAAUACGGUCCCAAGGACAUCGCCACGGUCUUCUUUUACCUGCUCAUUGCCAUAAUCCUUCAUGCCCUGAUUCAAGAGUACAUACUUGACAAAAUCAAUCGUCGGCUGCACUUGUCCAAAACGAAGCACAGCAAGUUCAAUGAGUCGGGACAGCUGGCCACCUUCUACUUGUGCUCCUUCGUUUGGGGCUGCAGCAUCCUCACCAAUGAGGAGUUUGUGACAAAUCCCACUUUUCUCUGGGAAGGCUAUCCUCAUAUCCACAUGGCCUUCCAAGUGAAGUUUUUCUAUAUCUGUCAGAUUGCCUACUGGUUCCAUGCUCUUCCUGAGCUGUAUUUUCAGAAAGUACGAAAGGAGGACAUUCCACGUCAACUUUACUACAUUUGCCUUUAUAUAUUUCACAUCACUGGUGCCUACGUCCUUAAUCUCCACCGCCUGGGUCUGGUUCUUCUGGUGCCGCAUUAUCUGGUAGAGCUGCUCUUCCACGCCUCACGACUCUUCUACUUCAGUGAUGAAAACAAGCAGAAGGGGUUCACGCUGUGGGCUCUGCUGUUUGUCAUCACCCGCCUCCUGACCCUCACCGUUUCUGUCCUGACGUUUGGUUUUGGCCUGUCCCGCACUGAUAAUCAGGGAUUCUCUUUAGCAGAGGGAAACUUCAAUGUGCUGACUGUCAGGAUGACAUGCCUGUCAGCCAUCUGCCUGACCCAGGCCUGGAUGAUGUGGAAAUUCAUCAAUUUCCAGCUGAAGAAGUGGAGAGAACAAUCUCAAAUCCAGGCCAUCAAGAAGAAAGCUGUCAGCCCGAAAAGCAGACCCAGCAAGAAGGACUCUCGGGGGGGUUCAGUCAAUGGAGUCAUGAAACCAGAUGACAAGACAUCGCCAAGAGCAAGAAAAUCUAAAGCCUCGUAAGAGCAAACCGAGAGCAGGUGUCCAAAAUGUGAUGCUCUGUUUCCACUCUGAACUUUAGAAGAGAAACAGAUUUGAUAACUAAGAAAAGAACCACAGGAACAAACUAAGGAACUUAGUUGUACGGCAUGGUUCAGGUUUUAUUUGUCUCCUGUUUUUCCUGUCUGCAUCUUUAAAAUGAACUCUAGAUUUAUAAUCAAUCAUUAUAUCCAUAUGCUUAUGACUUUUAGCAAGACUGAGAGGUUUUCUGAGGGUUUUGUGAGUGACGUGAAGGGAAGAUGUUGCACUUCGCUCGCUCAUUGAGUUGUGUGGUUUAAGUCCAGGAUCUGCACGACAGAAAUGUUUCUGAAGCAUUUAUUUGACCCUGAACACAGUUAAACCCUAUUCAACGUGAUUUCUGCGCUUCUUAUGAAACACACGGUGUGGACCGAAGCGCUUGAGAAGUGUCUUUUGUUAACUGUUCACCUUUAGCCCCUCAGUCCUGUAUGCUACUAUGAAGCUCAGUGAGAAACCCCACGAUGAAGAGGCUGAGGUGGCGAUGGACUGCUACACCACUCAUUUUUACGUAGCUUUGAAAUGACCUGAGCUGUGUGAUUUUAUAUUUCGUACUGAAUUUAGUGUCCCGUUUGCGUGUGAAUGUUGUUGUUCAAGGAGAAUCGUUUUAUAAUUGUUUGUAGUGACAAUGUUUGAGGUGGAGCUGUUUGUGAGAGCGCCAUCUGAAGGCUUGGAUGAUGCAGUGUUGGACUGUGGUUGAGGUGAUUAGAUGAUGGCUUGGAUGAUCUAUUUCUUUAAGGAUUGAUAGGCCUUUCUUGUAGAGGGGUUCACAUGCUUACCCAGAACUAUUAAAGAGCCUAACUGGCCAAGUUUGGGAGAUGGUCCUCACUGCAGAACACAAGAUCCAGGGGGCGUGGUUGGAUCCAGAACCAACUCCUCCCACCUUACAUAUACCUUAACCUACCCGUCUCCACCCACUGAUCCCUAAACCCACCCAUCUCC